AUGGCCGAGACGUUACCAACCUCGGCACCGAACGACAACUACAACAACAUCGCCGCCGCCGCCGCCGACCCCAAGGCUCCCCAGCCAGAACACCCCUACCAGCCCUACAUGGACGUGCGACCACCCCCCACCGCCAACCUCAGCGACGCCAACGGCAUGCCGCUGACCGACAAGGAGGUCGACGCCGCCCGGGAGCAGGAGGCGCGGGCCGAGCGCGAGGCCACCCCGGAGCCCAGCGACUUCAGCAUCGCCUUCCCGCCCAACCUGCCCAUGCCGCCCUUCUUGCACGUCCAGGGUGUGCCCAACUUCCGUGAGCUGGGCGGCUAUCGGUGCCAGCCGCCCUCGUCGGCGUCGGCGUCGGCGCCCCCGCCGCCCAACAAAACCUAUGUCUUGUCGAGACGCAUCCUCUACCGCUGUGCCCACCCCACCCACUUGACCGCCCUCGGGGCCGCCUACAUGACCAACUUCCUCCGCGUCCACGACAUGUACGAUCUGCGUUCCGCGCCCGAGAUCAGUCGGCUCGCCGGCACCGUGGCGGCCAGCGACAAGAGCGUCUACCCUCUCGCCAGUCCCGUGUCCGGGUGUCUGGAUGAAGUCCCGGGCAUCAGGAGGCACUUUGUCCCCGUCUACCAAACCGAGGACUACGGCCCCGUGGCCCUCGCGAGGAAGUUGCAGUGGUACACGGCCGAGCACUCCCACGACGAAGAAGUCGGCUACGCCUACUCCGAGGGGUUCGUCCGAGCGUAUCGGGACAUUGCCACGCACGGCGCCGGCGCCUACACCGUCAUGUUCCGCCACCUGCUGGAGCGCCCGCACGAGCCCUUGGUGUUCCACUGCACGGCCGGCAAGGACCGCACCGGGGUCUUCGCGGCGCUGGUGAUGAAGCUGGUCGGCGUGGACGAGGACACCAUCUGCUGGGAGUACGCCCUGACCGAGCCCGGGCUGGGCGGCUGGCGGAAGGAGUUCAUCGAGCGGAUCGCCAAGACCGGGCUGGGCGGUGGUGGCGGCAAGCCCCAGCACCAGCAGCAGGUCGUCACUGGGGAGCGGGAGAACGGGCGACCGGCCGUCUCGCGCGAAGAGGCCGCCCGCAUCUGCGGCAGCCGUGCCGGCAACAUGCGCGCCUUCCUGCGCACCGUGCUGGCGGACGAGUUCGGCGGCGUCACCAACUACCUGACCCGCAUGUGUGGGUUCAGCGAGGACGAGGUGGUCCGCCUGCGGGACAAUCUGAUCGAGCUGGUCGACGCGGACGGAGAGGAAGUCCUGGGAAUGGUUGAGAUCGACGGAUGGACUGCCGAGGGGGGCUGUGUGGACGACUGA